AUGGCCUUUUGGGUGGUUGACGGGGGUCGUCCGCUUGGACUUGGUACUACCACUACAUCUGCCGCUGCCGCUAUCAACACAAGCCGGGGUCCGUACUAUGUGGGCGGUAAACGGAGGGUAAGCAUCUCCGAAGGCGGCGAUGCAUAUUCAUAUUCCCAUGCUCCCGGCCAUGGCGAUGCCUUCAAUUUCGAUCCAAAGAGAUCUAGGCUUGCCGAUGAGCUUCCUUACGACGCAUACGACAACACGCCAAUGACCAUUCCUGGUCCCAGCGGUUAUUCCUCACCACAACCGCAUGAUCAUUUCUCACCUUACUACCAACAACCGCAGCAACAGGCAUUCCAACCCAGAAUCCAUCAUGGCAACAAAUCCGCCCACCCAUACAACCACCCCUGCAACUCUCUCACAGAAGAUGAAUUCCUAUACCACGACGACAUCGGUUCUUCCACUCCCCCAUUGAUUCAUCGUCCCGACUCAGCACCUGUCAAGAACCUCUCUUUUCUCGUAAUUCGCGAACGUUCACCAACCCCGGAGGGCUUCCCCUCUAUCGAUGCUAGUUUCGAUCUUGGCGCCUUCGGUCCAGCACCCGAAUCUCGGCCGGCUCCGUCUUUCGGGCCCCCCGGACCACCACCGGCUCCCGCACCAGCCUCAGCACCAGCACCCGUCGCCGAUGCCUGUUCUAUGGAACGCACAGCCUCCGGUCUAUCCAUUUCAUCCGACACCACUCAACCAUCACUUGCUAGUCUAUCCCCCCUAAACGACGACAAUGAACCGGGCUUCCUGAGCGACCUCGCUGCCGCACGCUUAGUUCGUGAUCACGUCGCCCACUCUGGCUUUUCCAGUUCCAAUCGUCGAAGACAUCGCGGUGUUGACUCACGCCAUGGCCGCAUCCUGAGAACUCUCAUUAACCCCAAAUCCCGUGCUGCCGACUUCCCACUCGACGACAACGCUCUGCGCAGCAUCUUCUCCGCCGCCAAUGAACUCUUCUUCGGCAAUCGCCUUGCCGGUCGUGUUGCAUGGGACUGGAGUCACCCUGCAAGCGCCCAGUACCAGGCGCAUAUUGUUGGCACCACCGCUGUGCGACGUUCCCGUGAUGGUGGCUACGAGACCCUCAUCGUGCUGUCGUCACCUAUCCUCCAGGACACAAAGUACAACCGACGUCUCCUGAUCUCAACAUUCCUGCACGAAAUGAUCCACAGUUACCUCUUUGUAGUAUGCGGACUGAAAGCCCGCUACGAAGGUGGUCACACCGAAGGGUUUCGCCAGAUCGCCGACACUAUCGAUCGCUGGGUCGGUCACAGCUAUCUGCGUCUCAGUGAAAUGGAUGCUGAUCUGGAGCACUUCCGCCAGCACCCGGCAUGUGGGCACGACCAGCAUCAGGUGCGCAGUCGAAGUGCAGACGGGCAGGAGAGGAUACCCUGGCGCAGCGAGAGAUGGGAAGAUGGAGAACGAGAACGAGAAAGAAGCGUCAUCUAUCCGACCGAGCUUCACCCACGGCCACAUCCCAGCUACGAAAACAGGGAUCGACAUGGGCGCGAGGGCCACAGGGCCCUUCAUGUCCGGAGAGGAAUCUCACCAUACGUUUACUGA